GUAAGCUGCGUAAAACGCUGUUGUAGAAAGGACACGGCCCCAGCAUUCUGCCCAUUAGCAGGCAUCACUUUCAAGACGCCACCCCUUGCACAUAAUGAACAUGAAUGAUGAAGCCGCGAGUCAUUCUCGUUUCCUAAAGCUCACGCCGGACCUCAUCCGUUACAUCGCGGACUCUCCUGUGCUGCAUCUGAACGAUGUGGCGACCUCGCUGAAGCUCACUUGCACCACCAUUGCACAAUGCCUGCGGGGCCACCGCCUGGUGCUGCUGACGUGGCAGCGCACCGACGUGUCCUGGCCGCAAGCGCCCCUCGCCGACCUGCCCUGGCCCGGACACGAGUUCGCACGCCACUGGGGCCGCCCCGAGCCCUGGCGCCGCCUCAGCCGCCGGCAGCGCCAGCUGCUGCUGUGCCUGGCCGCCUCCAGCCGCCACCCGCCCAGUCUGGCGGCGGCGCUGGCGCAGUGCGGCGCGGUGGUGACGGCGGACGUGCUGGCGGCGGCCGCCGCUGCCGGCGACCUGGCCGCCUGCGAGGCGCUGCUGGCCGCGGGGUGCGACUGGUCGGCUGCUGCGGUGCUGGAGGCGGCGGCGCGCUACGGCCACCUGCACGUGUGCCACUGGGUGCAGGAGGUGGAGUGCAGGCUGCGUCCCGGCCGGCGGCCGCACACGCUGCUGCCGCUGUGCUGCGACACCGACCUGCUCACCCGGGCGGCGUCCCGCGGCGGCAACGCAGGCGUCGUCCUGGCCUGGGUGCGGCAGCAGGCGGAGGCGGGCAACCAGACCGUCAGCAACUGCCACAUCGCCACAGGCGCGGCGGAGGUGGGGGACAUAGAACUGCUGGUGGAGAGCAGCAGCCGCAGCAGCAGCAGCACCACCAGCACCACCAGCAGCCUGACUGACGCGACUGCUGAACGGCGGCUGGCGCUACUGCCCAGCAUCUGCUACGGCUGCCCGCUGGCGGUGUUGCAGGUGUUCUGGGGCGGGUGGGGCUACAGGCCCUGCGGCCGGCUGUGCGGCGGGGCGCUCGGCCCGGCGGCGCAGCAGCUGCUGGUGGCGGCGGCCAUGAGUCCCACACCCGACUGGGCGGCCAAGUGCGAGUGGCUGCUGCGCACGUGGGGGCCGGAGCGGCUGGCGGGCUGGGCGGCGUGUCAGCCCGGCGGCCUGUUGCUGAGCGACCCCCACACCGGCCGGCUGGUGCAGAGGCACCUCAUGCUGGCCGCCGCGGCCUCGUCGCACCAGCUCCAGCUCCAGCGCCAGCGCCCGCACACGCACAUACACUCGCGCUCACACGCGCAGACCUCAAAGCAGGCCAGCCCCUCGCCCGACACCACCCCCGCCCCCAAGCCCAGCCCCACCCCCGGCACCACCUACCUGACACGCCUGCAGUACCUGGCCGCACGUGGACUGGGCCUGCCGCACACCGCCGGGCUGGCGGCCGUGUACGCGGGUGACGUGGCAGCAGCCGAGCUGUGUCUGGACUACUGCUGGCCGCAGCCCCCCGGCCCGCCGCCGGCUGCUACUGCCGCUGGUGCCGCUACAGCCGCUACAGCCUUCGAAGACGCUGCACAUGCGCUGGAGGAGUGGCAGAGGACGACGCUGGAGCUCAUGGCCCAGGCGGCGGUGCGGAGCGGGUGUGUGGGCGUGUUGUCGGCUCUGCGAGCUCGUGGCGGCGCCGCCUCCGCCGCCGCCAUGGGGGCUGUGACUCAGCACCUGCUGGGAGCGGAUCCGGCGGAUUUCGGUCUGCUGGAUUGCAGUACCGUCAACGACUGGAGUGCGGAGUGGCGCUUCCGGGGCGGGCCCGCGGUGGCCUGGCUGCUGGACCUAAUGGAGGAGCAGGAGGAGGAGGAGGGGGUGCGGGGGGAGCAGGAGCAGCGGGAGGGGGAGGGGGAGGAGCGGGAGCAGGGGGAGGGGAGGGAGCAGGGGGAGCAGGAGGCGCGAUGUGGUGAGCAGGCGGCGGAGGCAGGGCGUCACGAGGCGCCGUCACAGCCGCCCCAGCGGCAACCCCCACAGGGGCCAGGGGCCCAGGUGCCGCUGCCGCAGCCGCGCUGCUGGUCGCGUGUGUUCCGGCUGGUGGCGGUGUUGGGGGGCGGCGCGGGGGGCGGCGGGGCGGCGGGGCAGCACUUGGCGCUGCUGCGGCGGCUGGUGGCGGAGCGGGGGGCGGCGGUGGACCUGGAGGCGGUGGCGCGCGGCGGCGGAGUGGAGGCGCUGGAGUGGGCGGCGGAGCAGGCGGCGGCGGCGGGCGGGCUCAAGCCUCUCAGCCAGCGGGCGUUUGACAAGGUGUUGUCUGUGGGCAACUGGGCCGCCGCGGACUGGCUGCUGGCCUCCGGCCUGGCGCCGCCGCCGCGGGAGCUGCAGGCGGGCUUCAGCCGCCGCGCCGCCGCCGCCCACAUGCCCGACCUGGCGGCGCUGAGGUGGCUGGUGGCGCGGGCGGGCGUGGCGGUGGACGGCGGGGCGGGCAGGCAGCUGGGGCGGCUGGCGCUGAACGCGGUGGGCGGCCAGGCGGCGUGGGUGCAGGAGCUGCUGGCGGCGGCGGCAGAGGACUGACGGAGGGGGCGGCGUAGGGCGGGGAUGUAGGAUGUUCAGGGGGUUCAGGGGGCUGCCUGGUUAUGAGCCAGCGAGCGUAGAUUGCGUGCAGCGCCUAAAAGAGAUGAACGGCGACGGCGGAAUGUCCACCUGAAUGAAGCUGGGCUGCCAACGGGCACCAGACCCGCUGGCCCAUGCUGACACAUGUAACACUGAGACCAU